AUGAGUGUGAAUGACUUGUCCACUAUUCAAACUCCAACGACUUUGCGCUUUUAUGGCAUUUCCCGACAUUGGCCUAUGAGUGAAUCAUUCUCUCCAACAACGUCGAGGAACAUUUCAACGAGAGCUCCGAAACCAACGUCUACCAAGAGAGCUCUUGGAGUACGACGAUACUCCAAACAAGAGACCGUGUGGGGCCCACAAAUAUUCGCGUGGGGCCUCGCAAAUCGGAGUUCCGAAAGGCAGAGCUCUUGGAGUACGACGAUACUCCAUAAAAAUGUCGUUAUCAACUUCACCCUCGACGACGUCGAACAACAGUUCGCAAAGACAUUACCAACAAAGUGA